UCAGCGAGGCUCAGUCGAGCAGCUUUCAUCAGAGGUCCCUGCAGACAAGCGUCCCACUCAUUGGUUGUCUUCAGUUAUAUUCCGACCAACCGCAGCAUCAUGAAUCUUCAGUUCAGCAGUUGCUUCUUGUUUGCGGGGCUGUUUCUGAGUGUCUCGGCUCUGACACCUGAGGAAUGCCAACCCUUGGUGACGCCUUUGUCUCUGGAGGACCCCUCCGUGCUCCACGGCAUGACACACUUCAUCAUGGGUUACACCGACUCUGCCGUUUAUAACGAACUCCUGAAUGCCAGCAGCAGCUAUUGGAUGAACGUCACAGCAUCACCGUCCAGCGACAAAACACUUGUCAUUCAUCAGGAGCACAAGCUAAAUGGAAGCUGCUAUGGCAUGACAGUCAAUUUUACCGUGGACGGCAAUGUUGUGAAAGUGGAUGUGGGCAGCAUGUCUGCAGAGUACCAUGUGCUGCCAGGCUGUGAUGGCUGUAUGGUCCUCAGCGGCAACUCUAGCGUCAAGGACCUCGGCCAGUACUUUCGCUUUAUGAAUUAUGAAAGCAGCAUUAAGACAGACAAGGAGGUCAACGCUCGUGUUUUCUACUUGAUGGCCAAAGAGCGGACCCUGAAGGACUCCGACCUGGAAAAGUUUAAGCAGCAGGCAAGCUGUCUUGGCUUCUCAGGAGAACCUAACUUCGACUUCGACUCCAAGACAGAUCUCUGUAAGGAAGGCGAAGGGCUUAACAUGGCACUCAACUGAAGAAAACAGCACCUUUCAUGACAAAUAUUCCAAACUGAAAGUAAGGAAAGGAAAUGUGACACAAAACAUCAAGCAUGUGGAAUUUGUAUCUGUAUCUUUGACCUUUUGUCAUUAAAUUUGGAAUACUGA